AUAUAUAAAAACCAAUGAAAGAUUUGUUCUUUAUUUGCAAAACAAUCAUAGAACCUAUCUUUGUCACAAAUUCACAGCCUUUCAGUAUCUAAACGCGUCACAAUUUAAACUGGUUGCAGACUUCACACAUCACCUUAUCCACUCUCACGGAGCUCCAAUCCUCCGCCGCAGCCAUGGAUGCAGCUUCUGCUACUACAAUGAAAGCUCUCAACUUCCUCGCAACCUCAACAACCCAUAGAGCAUGUAACUCCAUCUCUCAAACCCCACCCACAAAACCAAGCUCACUCUCUCUUCAUCUCCAAUGCUUAAACCCCAGAAGCAGAGCUAUCUCUCUCAGUCGCUGCUCCACAAAGCCAGAUACAGACACCGACAACCAGGGAGACCAAACCGUUGAGCCCAAUUUAUAUUCCAAACCCCUAAACCCUUCUCCGCCCACUUCAGUUGAUCCACUCUCUAGUACUCCCAUAUCAUCAUUUCCCUCUUCUUCCACUAAAGGGUUGGUGUUCGAUUUGGGCGCAAAGAGUUCAUGGGACGGAGCGGGAGUUGGGUCCCCAGUUGUGAAGAGAUUCCUCGGCGACGAGGAAGAGAGGUGGUACAUGUGGUAUCACGGGCAGUCCGAUAAGAGUCCGGGUGCGGAUUCGAUCGGAUUAGCGGUUUCGAGUAAUGGGGUUCACUGGAACCGCGGCGGAGGAGCCGUUCAGUCGAACCAGGAUGUUGGUUCGGUGAUGAGUAGCGGCAAAGAUUGGUGGGCGUUUGAUACUUUGAGCAUUAGGCCUUCUGAGGUUGUGGUCAUGUCGAGCUCAAAGGUUAGAGCUUCUAGUGCUGUUUAUUGGCUUUAUUACACUGGUUAUAGUUCCGAGAAGGCGGAGAUUUCAGGUGUUCCUUUUGGUUUGGAGAAUCCGGAAGGAUCGGGGGAGGUGUUUAAGUCUUUGCCCGGCUUGGCAAUAAGCCAAGACGGGAGGCAUUGGGCUAGAAUUGAAGGGCAACAUCACACUGGAGCUUUGUUUGAUGUGGGGUUGGAGAAGGAGUGGGAUUCUUCGUUCAUUGCUGGGUCUCAUGUUGUGUUUCAUGAGAGAGGGGAUCUUAGAAUGUAUUACCAUUCGUUUGAUUCGGAGAGUGGGCACUAUGGCAUUGGGAUUGCAAGGUCUAGGGAUGGGAUGAAGUGGCUCAAAUUGGGGAAGAUAAUUGAGGGAGGGAGAAAUGGUGGCUUUGAUGAGUUGGGGGCAAUGAAUCCUUGUGUGGUUAGGAAAAGGGGAAGUGGAGAGUAUUUGAUGGCAUACGAAGGUGUUGAUGGAAAUGGAGGGAGAAGUAUUGGGUUGGCAACAUCAAGAGAUGGGUUGAAGGAUUGGACAAGGUGUGGAGAUGAGGCGGUGCUGAAGUCAUCUGAAGAAUCAGGGUGGGAUGGCAAUGGCGUUGUGUCACCAUGCUUGGUUCAAAUGGAUGGGGAAGAAGAUGUAUGGAGGUUGUAUUAUAGAGGUGUUGGGAUUGGGGGACGUACAGGGAUUGGAAUGGCAGUUUCAGAAGGGAGUGAUUAUAGAAGGUUUACUCGAUGGGCAGGAUUUCAUUUGUAAUAUACUAAGAUUGAUUGACGUGUUGCCAUGAAUGUAGACUCAGAUACUCAGAAUGUAUCAUUCAAUUAUGCUCAUUCCCAAGCCUUGCUAUGCUUG